AUGAAGCGCAGUGGGCCAGACGAUCGGCUGCAGGUGGAAGCAAGCGACACGCACAAACGCUCUCGUGCCGAGCCAAGCGCUGGAGCAGACGCAUCUCCUGCAACCGAGACUGCAACUGCAACUGUAACUGCGGGCCCCUCGAGCCGGCCCGAGCAGCCAAGCGCCAAGGCGCGCUCUCCGUCCCCUUCCUACCUCUUCAACUUAUCCGUGCCACGUCCAGCAGGGCAGGGUCAAGCUCCCGCAUACAGUCGCGUGUAUUUGAGAGCUCCUCAGAGGCUCACCACUUACUCUUUCGAUGGAGAGAGGAAGCUGUUGCUAAAUGACAGCGCGCAAAGGUACUUCAAGGCUCCGCCUGCAGGCGUGGAUUUGGGGUAUGGUUUCAGCAAGGCAAAGUGGAGGGAGCCAAAGAUUGAACAUCUGGAUACCCUCUUGACGUCGCUGCAGUCCGCAUGUCCAGUUGAUCGACAUCCACCCUCGAGUGUGGCAGCAUCGGACAUCCAUCGCACGCUGACCGAUGGCACGCCAAGCCUGAUCACGUGGAGAGGAAUGAUGACGAAGCUAUGCACCGCUCCCUACGAAGCUGCCUCUGCUUUUCCCAGCGCUUGGGAGAUGGAUGUGAUGCUUGUGGACAAGACGAUGUACAUCGAUGAGCACGUCUCGAAAGCGAGGUACGACGCUCAGCGAGCAGAGGAGAAGGAUGAACGGCGCAUGCUGUUCAGUUACUAUGGCUACGCAUUCGAGUCGUACUGCGUCUGGCCGAACGCGCGCACAUUACCCGAAAUCGGCACACCCACGGCCUGGUCAGGAAAUGUCAACACCAACGAGCAGUGGUGCGAGGUGAUGAAGACGGGCAUGGACACGAAGGGCGAUGGAGGCAGCACGAGGGUCAUUUUGGGAGGAGAGACGGACUGUCUGAUUGAGCCGGGUCGAGAGGAAGGUCGUGCGAGGGCGCGUGGGGAUAGAAGGGCGAUGGAGCUCAAGACGAACAUGCAGAUCAGACACGAGGGUGAUGCGAUCAAGUUCGAAAAGAAGAUGCUCAGGAUUUACAUGCAAGCUUUUUUGCUUGGUGUGGACCAUGUGGUGGUGGGAUUCAGGGACAGUAGAGGCAGACUUGUCAGCCAUCAGCAAUUCCUGACGGCCAACAUGCCUCAGUUGGUGCGAGGAAAGCCACAUGCUUGGGACCCGCACCUGUGCACCUCGUUUGCAUACGACGCUCUGGCGUGGAUUCGGAAGAGCAUCGAGUCGGACAGUAGGACCAAGAAUAGGGACGCUCUGCCCGUCUGGCGUCUAAGCUUUGAGCCGCCCUUUGAAAACUUUACGCUUCGUCGUCUACGCAAGGGCGAGUACGCGAAGGAGCUGGACGAAGGACGUACAGAGGGAAGAGAGAGGUGGGCGGAUGUGCAGAGGAUGGGAUUCUUGCCGGUAGAGCAUCUCGAGUGGCGAGAAGCGAUCGCUAGGGAGCAAGAGUGA